AUGAGCACUAUGGUGGCGUUGAGUUCAAAUGUAAACGAUCAUUACAAGGAGGAAGGAAGCAUGGACAGAAAAGAAGAAGUACUGCUUGUAGAAGCUUCACAUGCAGAUAAUAAUGAUAUUCAAGAAAGUAGCAGUGAGUUGGAGGAGCUGCCAAAAAUUCGUCUCAUGCGAGCAUUUGUUGAAGCCCAGGAUCCUUCUUCCAAGGAAGUGGAUGAUCCGACUAUCAGAAGGUUCCUGCAUGCGCGCAAUUUCGACAUAAGCCAGGCAUCUGCCAUGCUCCUCAAGUACUUGAAAUGGAGACGAACUUUUGUUCCCAACGGUUUCAUUUCUGCUUCAGAGGUGCCAAACCAAAUUGCACAGGACAAGAUGUUUUUACAGGGAUCAGACAAGAAGGGACGUCCAAUAGCGGUUGUCUUUGGCAAUAGACACUUUCAAGACGACCUUAAGGAAUUCAAGCGUUAUGUAGUUUAUGGCCUCGACAAGACGUGUGCAAGGAUCCCACCAGAACAGGAGAAGUUUAUUGCCAUAGGAGACCUUGAAGGAUGGGGAUAUUCAAACAGUGACAUCCGAGGGUACCUUGGAGCUCUAUCGAUUUUGCAGGAUUGCUAUCCAGAACGACUAGGGAAGCUGUUUAUCGUCCAUGCGCCGCUGGUAUUUAUGACAGUUUGGAAAAUCGUUUACCCUUUCAUUGACAACAAAACUAAGAAGAAGAUAGUAUUUGUGGAGAACAAAAUGCUGAAAUCAACCCUGCUCGAAGAGAUCGACGAAAGCCAACUUCCGGAGAUAUACGGAGGCCAACUACCGUUGGUUCCCGUCUAG